CCAAUGUCGGUUACUGCUGCAAAAUACGCCCAGUUCAUCCUGUCAGAAAACUUUGGUCCGACUGCUGCUUCUGUAACGCGGUUGAUGCGAACCAAAGGACCCGUAUUGCUUUUGGAAAUUAUUAGAGAUUGUUCAGAUUUGACAGCACAACACGUUGGACGCUGCUUAAAGUCCCUGAUUCGGCAUAUGUUACUUCGGCAGAAACAGUCCACCAAUCUAAAAUAUGAGCUCAAUUAUCCACUAAUAUUUUGCAUCCCCAGGUUUCCACUUUUUGCACAACUCGUUUUGCACUUUUAUGGGAAAACAGCAGAAGAGUUGGUCUUUCAUUUGUUUCUGAUGGGCCAGGCCACGGUACCCGACUUACUUAUGCGUUGUAUGAAUGCAUACGAGGAACCUGAAAACGAGGCCAAACGGCAUGAAUAUGCAGAAUCUUUAGGGAACACUUUGGAUACCCUUAUACGGACAGGGGUUCUAUCUGUUCGCUCACCUAGUAGAACUGACGAAGAACAAAAAGAGAAUGGGGACACUCAAAAUACGGUUAGUAAAGAAGAAUCAACUGUGACCGCAACCGCGUGCGAUUGGAAUUUCUCUAAGAGUGAAAUUUCCGAGGGUUUACACAAAUACGUCACCACCGGAAAACCUCCUUGGGGCGGAAUGCGCAGCAAAACAGAUUCGGACAGUAAACGGAUUCGCUUAUCGUCAGCCCAUUCGACUCCGUGGGAUCACUUAGUAUACCCCAACAUUGCAUCCUUUGAGGCCAUGUGGCGUGAUCGGUUAAUAUUCCAACUGGCACGGGAACGCCUUGGAGAAACCUGUGGUGAACUAAUGUCACAUUUAUUGUGCAUUGCUGCCGCUGCUCGUCGGAAUACGGGAAUCGCAUCCAUCGCAUCCGGAUCGGUUUCACGAAACGAGGUGAUGCGGAGUAUGCGCACAGUACCAGACUCGUUCGAUUCUUAUCUAACACUGCUCGUUGAAGAUGAGGUGAGAUUCACUCCCUAA